AUGUGGCUACGCUUAGGCGUGGUCGAGGAACCCGAGGAACAAAUAGAGAUGGAGUCCGCCGAUAUCGAGCUCGAAAUAGAAGUGAGGGCGGCCCUGAGCGGACAGGCUUUGGAUGUAGAUUCGGCGGUGCGGUGGGAGAACCAACAAUCCGCCAUGGCACUCCAGCUCACCGAGGAAGAAGCCCGAGAUGGAAAUCCAAUGCGAUCUUUGACGCUGCUUUCGAUCUUCUUCCUCCCCUUCUCCUUUUUUGCUACUCUAGCCUCUACAAGCACGCCCUUUGGAGUGUUUGGAAGAACCAGUUUCACGCCAUCGCCGAACUCGGGCGCUACCGUCCUGUUCUUCGUUCCAAGAACCACGACUGAUAUUACAGAACUGGACCAGAUGGUAUCCCUCUGUAUUGGCAUCAUCGCUCCUUCUGUUCAGCCUCUGGGACACGCUCAAAUCUCGAAAGAAGGAAGAGUCGAGGGCCCGGCAAAAGACCAGGCAGCAAGCAGCACACGAUCGGAGGAACUGGCGCCAAGCACGGUCUUGAAUGCAGGGCUUAGUCUCCUCCGGCAGGUAAAUGAUGAACUUGAUGAGACUUCGGUACGCAACGCGAAGACAAGAGCUCUUGGAUAA